AUGAUAGGGAAACUUGACGCAAGUAGUGGCAAUUGGAGCUUAGUGGUGAAGCAAAAGAAUCAUAACCAUGAGCCUGCGGUAUUUCUCGAGGGUCACGCGUUUGCAAGAAGGUUGACCCCAGACGAAGAAUUAUUGGUAGAGAGACUUUAUAUUCAAAACAUGGAGCCUACGAACAUACAUUUAACCAUAAGAAAACAAAACCCACAGAGCGUGUGCAUUCUACGAGACAUACAAAACGUGAUAAAAAAGAUUAAAGUCAAAAUGUACGGUGAUCGGACUCCAAUGCAGAUAUUGGAGCAAAUGUUGCAUGAAGGAAGGUAUGUUUACCACACCCGGGUGAAUCCCGAAACAAAUGCGGUCGAGGAGGUUUUUUUUGUUCAUCGGUACUCGUACGAUAUGUGGCGUGCUUUCCCACAUGUGUUGACGAUUGAUACCACUUACAAAACUAAUGAGUAUAGACUUCCGUUUGUUCAAAUUGUGGGUGUGACAUCGACACACAAGUCGUUUUGUGUCGCUCAUGCUUUUAUCUCUAAAGAAAAACAGGAUAACUUCUUGUGGGUCCUACAAAACCUCAAAGGAUUGUUGGAAGAGGGUAUGGAACCGCGCGUGAUAGUAACAGAUUGCGAUAAAGCUUUGAUGAAUGCUUGCGAUAAACUAUUCCCAAAAGCAUCCAAAUUGCUAUAUCGGUGGCACAUCUCACAAAAUAUUCUAAAACACACCAAGGCAAAAUUUGCAACGGCUGAAGAAUGGAAAAUAUUCAAGCUUUCUUGGUCUCGAUUGUGUAAUUCUCCCACUGAGACGCUAUACAAUUAUAACUUUGAGCGGCUAUUUACGCGACUGACUGACGACCAUAGAUCAGGAGUUUUGGAUUAUUUGUAUACUGUCUGGCUACUACCCUAUAAAGAAAAGUUUGUUACAGCCUGGACUAACACAAGCCCUAACUUUGGUCAACAUACAACCAACAGAGUUGAAAGCCAACAUGCUAAGUUUAAGAGAUACCUUAAGGGGCCAAACAGCUCGCUCCAUAGACUUGUGUGGCUUGUUGACAAAGUUGUAGAGUCACGACGCAUACAAAUAAACCUCACUUUUCAGGAUAGCCGGUCCUUGAAAAUGGGGGACCACAUGAUAUCAUUCUUUGAUAACCUACGUGGUAAUGUUUCCCUGAAAGCACUAGAUUUGUUGCUUGUGGAGAAGAAAAAGAUACGUACGUUGCCCGCAGCAGGGGGGACUUGUGGUCAUGUGCUUUUUACGAGUUGUGGGUUGCCAUGUGCUUGUCGGAUGGAGUGGUGGGAAAAUACAAAUUGCAAAAUUCCUCUUGCCGCCGUAGACAAAUUCUGGACAAAACUAGAUUUCAAUGCUGAAGAACUUAAGGAAUACGAUAAUAAUCUUCGGGAGGAAAUGGACAGAGUCAUGCAACAACUGAAGGCGCAACCACCGAUAGUGUUAAAAAGUAUGUUGUCGAAGAUAAAGGAGGUGGUGAAUCCAAGUAUGACUGACCAUCAACCGCCUGAGGUACAACAAGAUACUCGGGGGCGCCCAACCUCUAAAGCACAACAAAAAAAGAAGGAGGAGGUUGCGAGACGUAAAGAUACCCGGUCCGAAGCAAAAGGCAAAAGCCAAAAGAAGGACGAGGACGCUCAAAAGCCAGCAGUGCAACGCAGUCGUUCAAAGAAAAAUAAGGCUAAAAAGACAGUUGAAAUUAUAGAUGAAGAUUUUCCACUGUUGGUGGGGGAUAGGUACAAAAACAUGAUCGAUCGUUUUAAGGACUGGCUUCCAUCUAUGUAUCGAAGAUACAUAACACAUAUGGAAGAUGCCCAGCCUGACGGUAACUGUGGGUUUUGA